AUGACCCUUCUUCCCAAAUUACUCUACCUCUUUCGCACCCUCCCGGUAGCGAUUCCAAAUUUUGCCCUCAGGUCAAUGCAAAACAGCGUCAUGUCCUUUAUAUGGCGUGAUAAACGCCCCAGGGUGGCCCGGAAAACGUUGUACUGUCAUCGCCGCCAGGGGGGGUUGGGGGUCCCUGAUCUCAAGAAAUACUACCAGGCUGCACAAAUUGCAUCCAUUGCCGCUCUUCAUAUCCAGUUAGAUCCUCCUCUCUGGACCCUGUUAGAGAUUCCGUAUGUACACCCAUGCUCGCUCUCCUCUAUCCCGUGGCUCACCCCCAUUCAUCGCCCUUCACUUCUCAGCCCGAUUCUCACCCACACCCUUCGGAUAUGGGACUCCACUAAAUAUACGGCUGCCUUAAUUUCCCCUCAUCUGCACCUUACUACUCUCAUGGGGAACCCUAUGUUUCCCCCGGCGAUGGAUACCACCCACCGAUAUGUCUUGAAUUGGCAACGGGAUCUUCACCAUACUAGGCCCUCUGAGGAGUGGGGAUCAAUUUGGAACGCCAUCUCCAGGUGCUCCCGCAAUAUCACCACACAAGAGGCAGCCUAUAAGAUCACAUUCAAAGUUAAGAUAACAGCAAGAAAGUGUCUUCCGAAUCAAAGUUUCUUAAUUCGUCCACUGGGAUUUACAGACAAAGUGGAAGUUAGCAUCACAACUGCAUGUGACUGUGACUGCAGGGAUGAAGCAGAGCCUGGGGCCUGCAACGCCCAAGGGAACAUUGUAUGUGGGAUCUGCAGCUGUAACAAGGAUCAUGUGGGGAAAAGCUGUGAGUGUGUAACCGGUGGGAAAACAAAUCAGGAACUAGAACAGAGCUGUAGAAAGGACAACAGCUCAGCCGUGUGCUCUGGAGCCGGGGAGUGCAUAUGUGGUCAAUGUACCUGCAAUCCAAAUGAACCUCCAAAAAAGAUCUAUGGCCAAUAUUGCCAGUGUGACAACUGGAACUGUGAAAUGUUUAACAAUAUGGUGUGCGGUGGACAAGGGAUAUGUAACUGUGGCAACUGCAUAUGUAAUAAUGGCUAUGAAGGAAGUGCAUGUCAAUGUCUUAAAUCUACCAAGAACUGUAAAAACACCAGAGGAAGUAUAUGCAGUGGUCGGGGGAGGUGUGAGUGUAACAAAUGUAUUUGUAAGGAAGGGUAUAUCCUGCCAUUCUGUGAGACCUGUCCUGGCUGCCCUUCUCAGUGUCCACGUUUUGGGCCUUGUGUUGAAUGCUAUAUAAAGCAAGGGGAACAGAGCUCCAGGAACUGUACACAUGCUUGUCCUAGUGUAACAGCUGAAAAAGUGGACCAGCUAACAGAAGAGACAUUCUGCAGGGAGAAGGAUUCAGAGAACUGCUGGAUGCAGUAUGCAUUACGUGAAAAUGAUGGUGAAGACCAAUACACCAUAAAGUAUACCCUAAAAAGAGAGUGUCCUGAAGCCCCCAACGUAUAUGCCAUAGUGGGAGGCACCUUUGGAGGUGUGCUUCUUAUUGGUGUGAUCUGUCUACUUAUCUGGAAAUGUAUAACAUACAUAACAGACAGAAAGGAGUACGAAAGAUUUGAGAAGGAGAAACAAAAGGCCAAAUGGAACAAGAACAUCAACCCGAUAUUUAGCACUGCAACCACCACAGUGCAAAAUCCACAAUUUCAUGGUGAAGAAUGAUUGAAGAGUCAAUAGCAGGAACAGGAGAGUAAACUAGUCACCGCUAUCUUCAUUGACACUUAUGAUAAAGGUUUAUAACAUUGAUGAAUGUAAAAAGAUGCUUAUCUCAACUUU